CCGCCCCUGGGUGCUAUACGUGGCUAUCGCUGGGUGCUGGGUGCUGGGUGCUGCUGAUCCCUGCAUAUACCUACCUACCUGGGUGCUGCUGAUCCCUGCAUAUACCUACCUGCCUGGGUGCUGCUGAUCCCUUCAUAUAACUACCUGCCUGGGUGCUGCUGCAUAUACCUACCUGCCUGGGUGCUGCUGCAUAUACCUACCUACCUGGGUGCUGCUGCAUAUACCUACCUACCUGGGUGCUGCUGCAUAUACCUACCUACCUGGGUGCUGCUGCAUAUACCUACCUACCUGGGUGCUGCUGCAUAUACCUACCUGCCUGGGUGCUGCUGCAUAUACCUACCUGCCUGGGUGCUGCUGCAUAUACCUACCUGCCUGGGUGCUGCUGCAUAUACCUACCUGCCUGGGUGCUGCUAAUACCUCACUACCUGAUGGCUGUGCCAGGCUGGGAGAGGGCAGUGCGGCUGCUGCUGUGCGGUGUGGGUAUUGCCCUGUCAGUCUAUGCCUACCAUGUGGAGACUUCCAGGGAGAGAGAUGCCAACUACACUGCCCUGUGCGAUAUUAACCCCUCCAUCAGCUGCUCCAAGGUCUUCACUUCCAGGUGGGGCCGAGGCUUUGGGCUGGUGGAGCAGAUACUGGGCCGGCAGAGCUUCCUGAAUCAGCCCAACAGCGUGUUUGGGAUCCUCUUCUACGGCCUGCAGGUCCUGCUGGGUUUCAGCGGAUCGGUGGGCGCUGCCGCCGCGCUGCUGGGGACGUCGCUGGUGUCCAUCGCCGGCUCGCUGUACUUGGCCUACAUCCUCUUCUACGUGUUGGAGGACUUCUGCGUCAUCUGCGUCACCACCUACGCCCUGAACUUCUGCCUCCUGCUGCUCAACCUCAAGCGCCUGGCCUCCCUCCGAGCGCCCCCCAAGAAGCAAAAGAACAAGCGCAAGAAGAACUAACUGGGACGUGAGGUGGCCAACGAACCAAUCACAGUGGGCCGGACACCCUUAUACCACCAUCUGCCUUACCCCCCUACCCAGCAGCAACCGACAUCCCAUAAUAGAGAUUUACACUACAAGCAACAAACUUUGCCUUCAUCGUAGAACACUUACCCCUGUAGCAUUAACCCAUAGCAACCAAUAAGAUGACCGGUAAAUGCUACCUGCUGAUUGGUUGCUAUGGUGUUACUGCUCCUGGGCAAACUUAGUGCCUUUGAUUACAUAACCCCCCCCCCAAGGGCGUUUACGGACGCACUUUGGUAUCGUUGUUUGCCUUUUCGGUGCAACGGCAAAGCAGGAGUUAAUGGAUCUGAGUCUCCCCCCUAUGGGCCUGUGCUCGAAGGAACCAACAUGGCUGAAAGCACAUAACAUUAAACAUGUCCAGAUGUAUCUGCCUUUAAUGUUUAAAGGGGAAGUUCACCUGUAGAUUAACUUUUCAGAAUGGCCGAUUCUUAGUAGGGAUGCGCCAAACCCACUUUUUUGGGUUCAGCUGAACCCCCAAACCCACCCCAACAUAUUCGGACGAAUACCGAAGUGAAUCCUGGAUUCGGUGCAUCCCUAAUUCAUAGCUUCCAGUCUCUCAUUCAAACCACUGCCCAGUUGCCAGGGUAAACCGGACCCUAGCAACACCAGUUUCUAAUUGUCUCAGAAUAUCACCGCCUGCAUCAUGUUAAAAAGUUAAUUUAUAGGUAAACUUCCCCUUGAAUUUUGCACUAAAUCCACCCAGUUCAGUCUCCCAUAGUUCUGCAGCCGUUACCCAAGGUGCCCGUUGUUAUUAGGUUCCUAUCAGGGCAUUUAUCAUCACCCCCAAGGGGGAGGGGCCCACCUGCCGCUUUGUCCCGCCCCCAAGUGCAAAAUCUGAGCCCGUUUCUAUGCUGCCGAUGUGAAGAGAACAAAUUCUAACCCUGCCUGUGGGGCAGAUAUGGACUUUACCUCGAGUGCCUGAUACGUUACUACCCGCUGUUACAGUACCAUUCCCUUUUCUAUGGCAUUUUGUAAUAAAGUCCCUAUAUUUUA